GGAAGCCACGGGGCACUUGGCCAUGGACAAGAGCGAGACGAAGGAAGUCAACCACUGAUAAGCGUGAACCCUAAAACAAGCCACCUGAGCCUCCCCCUCCAAUCACCGGAGGGUCAACACGACAAGUAUGCAAAUUUCCCCGCAUGUUGAUUCCUUCUUAUCAGCAUCCGGUCGCAAUUUCCAGUUCAUGUCCGCCCAGGUUCUUGGCCGACCCAACCAGUGAGCGCGCGUACCAGCCGAGUUCUUCCCGUGAAUGAAGCCAGACUAAGACAAAUACGGUGCGAGGUCACUGUAUGAAGCUGCCGAUAAGGCAACAAAUGUUACGCCCGAGACCAGUGGCUUGUUCGUUGCGCUUCUUGGCCCGCAUCGUCUUGCGACUUUAUAACCGAGGGUGUCCCGCGCGUGGCCUCAUCUCUCACUGCUGACCAUUUCUCAAAACCAACACAUUACUCUGGUUGCUGAAUCCUUCCCCCUACUCUGGACUACGGCAACAUGGGUUCCGGAGAAAAGCCCACUGUCGCUCCGGCGGCGUCCCAUUCCCAUGACCCUGAGUCCGGCGAUGUCAAGUCGGGCACCAUGCAGGCCAUGGUGGAGGCCGACCUGCUCGAUGAGCGAUACAUGAAUACCCAACGUGGUCUCAAAAAUCGACAUGUACAGCUGAUGGCAUUGGGAGGUACAAUUGGAACCGGUCUGUUCGUGGGUUCGGGUCAAGCGCUAGUCAUUGGUGGGCCAUUGUCUCUGCUCCUGGGCUACACCUUCAUCUCCGCACUCAUUUAUGCGAUCGUCACUGGAAUCGCCGAAGUCGGUGCCUACAUGCCAGUCCACGGUGGCACCAUGAGCUAUCAUGGUUUUCGCUAUGUCUCACGGAGCUUGGGCUUCGCCAUGGGAUACCUGUACUGGUACUCGUUAGCGAUUCUGGCAGCCUAUGAAAUCGUCGCCGCGUCCAUGGUCAUCGAGUACUGGCCUACUAGCGUCCAUAUCGCCGUCUGGAUUACCAUCAUGCUAGUGGUCAUUGUGGCACUCAACUUUCUUCCGGUCGGUGCCUACGGAGAGAGCGAAUUCUGGUUUGCCGGGAUCAAAAUCAUCACCCUCAUCGGCCUUCUCCUCCUCUCCUUCAUCCUCUUCUGGGGCGGCGGUCCGAACCGUCAGCGUCUCGGCUUUCAUUACUGGAAAGACCCCGGUGUCAUGAACACAUACUUGGUCAGUGGGGAUCGUGGUCGCUUUGUCGGUCUCUUACAAUGCAUCGUCAAGAGUGCUAUCGCGUUCCUCUUUGCCCCCGAACUCGUGGUGAUCAGUGGCGGUGAGAUGGAAUCCCCGCGCCGGAACAUCCCUAAGGUUGCACGUCGCUAUAUCUACCGGCUCGUCAUCUUCUACUUCCUAGGUUCGCUUGCGAUUGGCGUCAUCUGCCCGUCCAACGCCGCGGAGUUGGUAAACGGCGAUGGCCACGAUGCCUCCUCCUCCCCCUUCGUCGUCGCGAUUGCCAACGCCGGAAUUCCCGCACUGAAUCACAUCGUCAAUGCGGCCAUCCUCACGUCUGCCUGGUCGGCCGGAAACUCCUUCCUCUACAUGUCGUCCCGCUCACUCUACAGUCUGGCGGUAUCGGGCAAUGCCCCCAGCAUCUUCAAAGCCUGCAACCGGUGGGGUGUCCCUUACUACGCGGUCGGCGUCUCUUCCCUCUUCCUCUUUCUCGCAUACCUCUCUGUAGGGAGCGGCAGCAACACCGUCUUUAACUGGCUGAUCAACUUCACCAACACCUCCGGGUUUAUCAGUUGGACCUGCUGCGGCAUCAUCUACAUCCGGUGGAACAAGGCCAUCAACGUGCAAGGCAUCGAGAAGCCCUACCGCUCCGUCAUGCAGCCCUAUGGCAUGUAUAUCGGCAUGGGUGGCGCCAUUUUCUUGGCUCUCAUCAACGGCUUCACUUGCUUCUUCCCAUCGGAAUGGUCCGCAUCCAACUUCUUCACCGCCUACAUCGGCAUUCCCGCCUUCCUCGUCUUAUACGCCGGUCACCGGAUUUUGUUCUGGCAGGAUCCAUGGGCGUGGCGACCAGAAGAGGUGGACUUGCAAACAGGAUUACAGGAGAUUUUGGCGGCAGAGAAACCACCCCGACCGAGGGAUACAUGGGGCAGGAAGCUGAUGGCGCUGAUCGAAUGAUUUUAUCGCGGCUCAUUCUCCUAAUUUCGGGAUUCUCGUUAGGAAUUGCCUGCCUAUAUGCAAGCGUAGUUUAAUAUCUCCAUAGCUAUGUUUCCGCUCUCAAUGAUACCAACUCAAUGCAUUAUUGUUUUACUAUCGUCACCUGCGACAGAUAAGGCGCUUAUUACGUAUGCGAUUCGUUAUGAUAUGCGUGACCCACCUGCCCCAUCAUCUUAUCUUGAUAAAGUUGUCCCUUUCUCGGCAUGUUUUUGGUACCUACGUGGGGCGUUUAUUUUAGUUUGUGGACUUUUGUUCUUCCAGCGGAGAUUGAUUCCUCAGGUACCGUCGGAGGGGUCUUUUGACUGUAGAUGAGCCAGCACUACUAAUAGGUGAUUAUUGCGUAAUAUCAACCAAGAUUAAUGCUGGAAUUCAUAUGCACCGAGAGCCGUGCAGCCCCUACCUUAGCAGCUUACACUACGCAGUAAAUACUACC